AUGAACAUCGAGGACGACCUCACGAUCGUGUCCUCGUGGGCGCAAACGGCCUACCGGUGCUUUGCGAGUGAGCUGGAGGAGUUGCGGCAGCUGCAGCAGGAGCAUGAGCAGGUCGCGGCACAGUCGCAGCAGGAGCUGGAGGCUCGCUGCAAGGCGGAGGUGGAUGCGCAACUGCUCAAGGAGCACCCGGGCGUUUUCCCACACCUCGCCUCGGCUGUCUCGCUGUCGCGGUCUGUAAAUGCGAAGUCGCCGCCACCGCCACCGUCGUCGCCGUCGUCUGCGCGGUCCAACACGAAGCGGCCCAGGUCGAGGCAGGCACAUCAGCAGAGACAGUCCGAGGUGGCUCUCUUUAAUGCCAAGCGUGAGGCGCUUCUUCAGCAAAGCAUUCAAGCUGCCACGGAAGCCCAGCAGCGACGACCAGCGCGCCAGCUCGCCGUGCAGUACGCUGAUCAGCUGAGCAGCACGCAGAGGCAAGUGGAGCUGUACUUGGAAAGAGAAGCGCAUGAGCUGCGCCGCUUCACCAGCAAGCCAGCCGGCGCGUACGCUUUGUGUGAAGUGCUUGAAGUCCCUACUUUCACCGCAGGUCCCACUGUACCCGCUCCAGUAGUGGCGGCGCCACACGCUUCGUCUGUAUUCCACCCAGCCCGGUAUUCCACGCAUAAGCGCCGCAGGGCCUCGUUCGCGCUCAGCGAAGGGACAGCCACAACCACGCUACGCUGCACAUCGGAGCGGAGCGGCGCCGCUCUGAGUAGCCUUGGCGGGACCCGACAGAAGGCGAGGAAGGAUGGCCGUUUGGGGCGCACCGGUAGCUCCACAGAGGCCCGCGCGCACAUCGUAGACAAAAGCGGCGCUGCUGUCUCGGCGAACCCCCGUCGCAGCCGCCAAGAGACGGAGGACGCAUCGGCGCUCGCGGUACCGCCGCCGUUCUUGAUCGACGCCCACCGGUUUGCCGUUGAAUACAAUGAGAUGCUCAAGAAGGAGUACGGCUAUCGCCCCGCCAUGACAAACACCUUUGCCGCUGAUGUGCACCGAGAAAGUUGCGCGGCUGCAGACGUGGUCGAGGCGCUGAAGGAUCAGCUGCGCACACACGCGCCAGGGAUGACGCGCAAGAGCCCAGCCGCUACCGCCCGCAGCAGUUUGCUGCCACCCCUGCUUGAAACAGCAGCGCGCUGCGCCGGCGUCAGCGCAGGGUCGCCGCUGCUACCUCCUCAUGCAAGCGAUGCAGAUAGUAGCGGCACCAGGGAGUCAAAACAUCGGCCAGCGCACUCCUUUCGGGAGCAGAAGCAGUCACAAACGCAGCCGGGCACCAGGAAACGGGUCACCACCGGUGGCAGCACUAGUAGCCCUCGGCAGAGGGGCCAGGCUCUGCCGGCGCCGUCUUGUGUGCGAGGCGGCGCCUUUUCCUUGUCGACUGCGAACCCUCUCGAUGGCGUUCAGUGCUCCAUCGAUGGCGGCCGUCUCUCUGUCUCCACCUGCGUAGGGGUGCCGAGCCGGCAGGUCGUCCGGUUUGUGACUAACAAUGCCUACCGAACCCGGCUGCGUCUGAAGCCGGCUUCGCACCCGUGGCUCACGUACCGCUCCAUUUGCAUCGCACCCUCCGGUGCUGCUGCGACGGCGGUGGCGCCAGAGUCGCCGCUGAGCUGCGGCGGGUACGUAGAGGUGGAGGUUAUCUUCUGCCCCACCUCCUUCGAGGCAUCCACGGCGACGGUGGAUACGGUGCUGGAGAUGGGCGUGACGCGAGAGUUCAAUGAUCGGACCGGAGAGGGCGCACAGUGGCGGUUCAUGUCCGUGCCGUUGCAGGCGCGGGUGGUGCUGCCGCACUUUGAGUGGUGGCGCGGCCCCACUGUGGCCGUCACGCGGCCCACAGAAGGCACGGAGACGUUGGCGCCCGACCCGGCACCGGUGGUUUGGGCGGAGGGAGGGGCCAGCGACGGCGCCAAUACGAUGGAUGCAAGUGGGUCUGCCGCUGCACAGGCGCCACCGCUCAUCACUCACGACGCGCUUGCCUCUCGCGCAGUGCGCCUGGAUGUGAGCGACUCCUCCGCAGCAGUUGUGACCUUUGGCGAGGUGCUUAUCCUCGCCGAAGUGAAGCAGGGGCUUUACCUCGAGAACACAGGCUCCACGGCAGUGGUGCACGUCCUGAGCUCGUCACCGGAGUUUACCGUGUCGCUGCCGGCGGUGGUGUCCACGACGCUGCCCCCCAGCCACGCUAUGCCACUCCAGGUGUCGUUCUGUCCAUUGUCGGAGGGCCCAUGUGAGGCGAGUGUCACUGUGGCGGUGUGCGCCAGCGAUGCCGCAGACAGCCCCGUCCUUGCAGAGCAUACACUGGCGCUCUUCGGCGUCGGUGUUGCGCCACGUGUUAGGAUCACCUCGCUUGGGCCGCAGCUGGUUCAGGAAUGUGCCGUGCCGCAGUGGCAGCAGCGCAAGAGCGAGGCGCCACUCCAUAUCCUUCUGAGGGGCACGAUACCAGGUGUGCCGACGGAGGUGUCGGUGACGGUGAGCAACGACUGCGCCGUCCCGCUGCCUUACCACUGGCGCGGCUGCGAGCUGCCAUUCACGGAGGAGAGCGGCAGCGAUGCGGAGGAGGAUCAGAGGGGUACCGACGAGAGAGACCAGGCGUGUGCCCCGAGGCCGCAGCUUACCACUACCUCCACCGAAGUCACUGCCGCUGGUGUGGGCGCCAGCAGGACUUCUCACAUCACACCGACCUUUGGAGUACUGCCACCGAUGAGCACGACCACGUUCAUCCUCACCGUGACACCGCGCACACUGCAGCCGCUGCAGACGCUCUACAACCUCUUCCUGGACAAGAUGCCCGACCCCGCCGCGCCACGGAAUGCGGCGAAGCUACCGUCUGUGGACGCGGGGGUGCUGGAACUGUACCGCCGCAAUCGACCCAUUCCUUGGCGCUUGCAUGGUUCGACGCAAGACGGUGGCAGCCCUCUCGCCGACGACGCUGUGCGUGCAGCGGCGCUUCCCAAUGGACUUCAGAUGACUUACCUGGACCCUAUCGCCGUCUUCGCACGGUUUCAAACCGCGCCAGGCCAGCACGAUGGCCAUGGCAGCGCUGACGCCGUCUUCGCCACCGGCUUCUUGACCUAUCAGCAGCCGGUGCUGCCCACCCUCUCCAUCGACCCGGCGGUGCUCGAGGAACGCGUCGAGUGUCUCAUCCAGUCCCGGACAACGCGCACGGUGUCGCUGCAGAACAAUUCGCCCAUCGAGAUGCACUUUGUGCUGGACCCAACCGCUGCCGAGUUUGCCGCUUCUGUCCAGGAGCAUGGAUACCUAUCCGAGCGCACGAGCACCAACCUCACGCAUGAGCGCUGGCGCGCCUCCUUUGCACCCAGUGACGGCAUCUCCGUUCAGUGCCAGCCUCGCAAGGGCCGUAUUCCACCACACAGCACGGUAACCAUCACUGUCCACUUCACGCUGGAGGCAAUCGGGCCGCACUACGCCAUUGUACCGUGCUGGGUACCAGAGGUGGAGCUGUUGUGCGCGCGUUUGGCCGCAGUGAGCACCGCUUCCACGGCCGGGCUCUCAAAGUGCACGUCACUCUCCUUGCUGGCAAAUCCACGAGGGUGCACCAGCGCCGGUGUGGCGGGCCGACGCACACUCUUGACCUCGCCACCACAGGAGGGGACGCUGAGGGUCGGCAAGCGUCCACUCACAGCCAACAGCGCCAGCGGAGGGACGCUCCCCGUGAUGGUGACAGCCGUGGAGGACGCGCACCAACAGCAACACGCUGAGGACUGGGGCUAUUACGCUCUGCAUGUCACGGCCACCGGCGUUGGGCCGACUGUUAUGACCAGCGCUGAGCUGCUGGACUUUGGGCUGAUCGAGAUCGGCCAGGAGGCGGCGGCCUCCUUCACCGUGUCGAACCCGAACUCCAUCCCUGUCGUAUUCGACCUCUGCGACCCGCUCAUGCGCCACCCACCGCGCUUCGUGUUCAUUCCCGAAUCGUGCCGCCUCGGCGCUGGCAACACGGUCGAGGUCACGGUGUAUCGCAAGGUCGUCUCCACCGAGGACGCGCAGACGUUUUUCGAGCUCACCGUGCGUGACGGCGGCGCGUCAGUCGCGAUCGAGACGCGGGCAACGAUUCAGCAGCCGCUGCUCGUCAUUGAGGAUCCCGUCGUGCAGUUCGGGGUCGUGCCGGAGGGCGUGUGGCAGUCCGGAGCCUUCCACGUGUCGAACCGGUCUGCGCUCGACACCGCCUUCACCGUCAUUCCGGCAACCCCGGCGCCAUGGUACAUGGAGCUCGAUUACAAGGCCGAGCACGUCUUAUGCGCCGGGGAGCAGCUGACAGUGCCAGUACGCUGCCGCUUCGAAGCCGGUCCUCUUGGACUUGUGAACCGAGGCGACCGGCGUGACACAUCAACGUCGCUUGUGAGUACGCAGGGGCAUACCGCUACUGUGGCAAGGGCCAAGGACUGCUACUCCACCCUGCUCGGCGUUGUGUCGAAGCGUAGCCGGCAGGCGCUGUUCGUGGAAGUGCGGUGUGACACCGUCGAGGCGCUGGCCGUCUCCGUGGACGUAGUACCGGAAGCGUCGCCGAACGACCGCGGAGCAGCUUUUUCACCGCUGCGCAUGCCCACAGAAGCGUACGUGCGGGCACUCCUCUGGAACGCGCUCGAGGCUGCCUUGUGCGCGCGUCCCACUGCCGCACUGGAUGGCUCACUGAUGUGCGAGGAGCAGGCAACCACUCUCGUGGCACGCCCUUACUGUGCGGCGCUGAGUCUGGUCGACUACAUACCCGAUGACGUCCCUAUCUCCCGCCGCUCCCUGACGGUCGUGCUGGAGAACUACACUGGCUGCGAGGCGAACUACGAGGCGCGUGCAAAGCUCUUCACGCCACUGCCGAUGGAGGCGCCGGGUGCGCAGGGCAUUCUGGACAAGCGCAAGAGGGCGGAGAGGUGGACCAGUCGCAGUGUCAGCAGCAGCGCGCGAGAAAGCCGCGCCGGUGCGUCAGGCAGCAGCCGCAAAACCACCCAGAUUCAACUGCAGAAGCAGCAGGAGCAGCCGCUGUCGCCAUUCUCAGCCCUGGCAUCGAGGGCAGCAACAGGGCGCAACAGCAACGGCGGCAAGAGUGGCGCCACGCUCCCGGCCUUCUGGAUCACGAGCGUACAGAGCGGCGUAACGGUGCAACAGGAGCAGCGGCAGAUUGUGGAGGCCGCGCAGCAGGUUCUCGGUGACGGUCGCAGCUGCGUGACCUUGCUCGGUUCCCUGACAGGCAGUCUGGGCCCGUACAGUCAGGUGCGGCUGCCUGUCCGCCUGCUGUGCAGCUUACCCGGCCGCUACGCGGAGCAGCUGUGCGUGCGCGCUGGCGCGGCUCUGCCGUGGCUUCAAAUCCCUGUCGAUUACGAGGUGUACGGCAAGCCCAUUGUGCUUGAUACAGCCACGUCGGGGCUCGUAAAGGAAGGUGGGCGAGACGGCAAGGAGGUGCUGCUGAUGCCGCCCGUGAUUGCGCCGCUUGGAACGUCACGGCGGUCAAUUUGGCUCAUCAACCGCGUGUCACGCGACAUGGACGUGACGGUGGAGGUAUUCCCGUGCCCGCUUGGCCUGGCUGUGCACGCCGUCGACCCGAACGCGCCGGCGGAUCAGGUGGAGCUCAGGUUGUGCUCCAUGAACGCGGAGGAUCGAGAGAAGGAGCGUCACCGUGUAGGGAGGGUGACAGCGAUGCCGUUCCAGCUGCGCAUCCCCGCCCACUCGCGGCGCGAUGUGCUGCUGGAGUUCACGCCGGCGGCGAAGCUCACAGAAGGGUCGGAUGCGGGCGAGUACUAUGAGGACCGCGGUAGCUCAUUGGGCUACGCUGCUUCGAAUAGCGGUAAGGGCCACGGCAGGGCAGAGACCAAGAGUUCUCCCACAGCCCAUCCCGCGGACGAUAGCGAAGACGAGGAGGACGAGGAGGAGGCAAUGUUGCCGCCUUCCGAGCACUGGUGGGAGGGCAGUGUCUGCGUCCACGCGGUGCUGGCUCACAGCGAGCUGAACGACGUCUUCCUCGUCGACGACUUCUACGCUCGCUACGCGGACCGCUACCCGUCCCAGCGCGUGGCCCACCCACUCAGCGGAGCAAACCCAGCCACCGAUCCGGCGGCUGCGGCGGGCGGUUCAGGCGGACCCAGCCUGUCGGUGGCGCAGUUGACUGUGAUGCGGCCACUGCGUACCCGCUCUGGCGGCCGAGUGGUGCGCGGCAGUCGUGUGGUAUGGCCCUUGGAGACAGCACAGCGAGCCUCUAGCCGCGCCGCGGUGACUGGUGACGCACUUGUGGCCAAAGGUUGUGCCACCACUGCUGCUGCUACUGCUGCCCAGCCGGCGGAGAGCGGCGCUGACAGCGGUAGCGACAACUCCGACGGCGAUGCAAGCAGUGGUAGGAUGACCGUCACCUCGCAGCGACCAGGCUCCGUUGUGUCACUGGAGGUGCUGCAGCGGGAAGCAGAGGAGCGGCAGGCGCUUCUGGCCUUCAUGGAAAGCCGCCGUCGUGCACUGCAGGAAGAGACCCGCAAGUACUCUACGUCGAUCGAGUUGCGCCUGCGAGCGCGGUGCGGCCGACCACACCUAACCGUCGAGCCUUCACAACGGCGCGUCCGUUUUCCGGCGGUGCAGUACAUGGAGGGGAGAACAGCAGCAGCAGAUGCCUCGGCUGCGUCGCUCUGCACGAAAACAAUAAGGUUAACGAACCGCAACAGCUCGUCAGUGCGCUUUGCCCUGUCGCUGCCCAAAGCCGAAAGGAGCGGUAGUGCAAGCUUGUUUUCCAUCGUGCGGUGUGCCCUGUGGCGCUCCGGCCAUGAUGUGUCGACGGAACUGUUCGCCUCUGGUUUGGCGACAGCUGAGGCUGGUGCGGCGGAGCACGAGUACACGCUACAUAGCAUGGAUGCGCUUGACAUGCAGGUUGACGCACACACCGGAAGCUCUACGUGGCGACAGGCGUGCGAAGCUGUGUGCAGUGCACCACCACAACCCUCCCUGUCGGGCAAGGCGCCUGCGGUGGAGGGGCUGCUGAGGGUGCAGUUCCUGCCCACGUCUGAAUCCGCUGAAACCGCGUGCGCCUCCCCCGACGACUGCGUCCAGGCACCCUGCCAGCUUCUUUCUCUCUGCGUGCCUCUCACACGGCCGUCGCUGGAGUGCAGUCCUGGCGUCGUGUGGUUCCGCCCGGGCCAGCAGCGCCACGACGGCCGCCAACAGGUGGCGUAUACGCAAAGGUUUAUGCUGCUCAACCGGAGCGCCGUUCCGGUGGGCUACCGAAUCCGCCCCGUCACUGACACCGACGAGGAGACGAUGCGGACGUUCCGGCUUCAGCAGCGGCAGGGCAUGAGCUACGGCGAGGCGACUGUCUUCUCGCCUGCUGUGUCACAGUGUCUUUUGGUGGCCAAUACGACGACGACGCAGUUCGGCGUCUCGGCUACCCAGCGCCAGUGCGACUCGAUUACGCGUAAGGUGAAGGCUGCCGUGGAGAUGCCUGAAGUGGCGCCGCCCGCGGAGGGUCGCCCUGACCUCGUGUACGCGGAUGAACCGGCGCGGUUCUCGCUUAGUCCGCUAGAAGGCGUCGUCCCUGCCGCGUCGUUGGGCGGUGAGUCUGGCCGUCUUGAGGUGAGUGUCACCUUUUCCGAGUUCUCCGAUGUGCGGUAUGAGUCGCUGUUCAAGGUGAUUGUCGUCGGUGCUGCCGCUCAGCCACCGACCUACGUGGUGCUGCGUGGCGACAGCCGUGACGCAGAGGUGUAG